AUGGCUCCUCACGCGCAAGUCAGCACGGGCUCCUCGAACGGGCCGACGCAAGCCAACGGGCACGACCAGGCCAACGCCAAGGCCGCCACCUUUGUCGUCCGCUCCCCCAACGUCAGCUACACCGACGACGAGAUCAAGUCCAAGUACACCUACCGCACCACCAGUGUCGAGACCGACGUCGACGGCAACCAUGUCGCCACCCCCAAGGAGGUCCUCUACGACUUCAAGGUCGACCGCAAGGUGCCCAAGCUCGGCAUGAUGCUCGUCGGCUGGGGCGGCAACAACGGCACCACCGUCACCGCCGGCAUCCUCGCCAACCGCCGCCGCCUCGUCUGGGACACCAAGGAGGGCCCUCGCGAGGCCAACUACUACGGCUCCGUCGUCAUGGGCUCCACCAUGAAGCUCGGAACCGACGCCAAGACCAGCAAGGAGGUCAACAUCCCCUUCCACAACGUCCUGCCCAUGGUCCACCCCGACCAUCUCGUCAUCGGCGGCUGGGACAUUAGCAGCAUGAACCUGGCCAAGGCCAUGGACCGCGCUCAGGUCCUCGAGCCUACCCUCAAGGCCCAGGUGAGGAAGGAGAUGGCCGAGAUGGUACCCCUGCCGUCCAUCUACUACCCCGACUUCAUCGCCGCCAACCAGGAGGACCGGGCCGACAACCUGCUCGAGGGCAGCCGAGCCUCGACGGCCCACGUCGAGAAGCUCCGCCAGGACAUUCGCGACUUCAAGGCCGGCAACGAUCUCGACAAGGUCAUCGUCAUGUGGACCGCCAACACGGAGCGAUACGCCGACAUCGUUCCCGGCGUCAACGACACGGCCGACAACUUGCUCGCGUCGAUUGACCGAGGUCACGACGAGGUCUCGCCCUCGACCGUCUUCGCCGUCGCCUGCAUCCUCGAGAAGACGCCCUUCAUCAACGGCUCCCCCCAGAACACGUUCGUUCCCGGCGCCCUCGAGCUCGCCGAAAGGCACGACUCCUUCAUCGGCGGCGACGACUUCAAGUCGGGCCAGACCAAGAUGAAGUCGGCCCUCGUCGACUUCCUCAUCAACGCCGGCAUCAAGCUGACGUCGAUUGCGAGCUACAAUCACCUCGGCAAUAACGACGGGAAGAACCUGAGCUCGCAGAAGCAGUUCCGCUCCAAGGAGAUCUCCAAGUCCAACGUCGUCGACGACAUGGUCGAGGCGAACACGGUGCUCUACAAGAAGGGCGAGCACCCGGACCACUGCGUCGUCAUCAAGUACAUGCCCGCCGUCGCCGACAACAAGCGCGCGCUGGACGAGUACUACGCCGAGAUCUUCCUCGGCGGCCACCAGACCAUCUCCCUCUUCAACAUCUGCGAGGACUCCCUGCUGGCCUCUCCUCUCAUCAUCGACCUCGUCAUCCUUGCCGAGAUGAUGACUCGUAUCCAGUGGAAGUCUUCCGGCGCCGAGGGCGGCUACAAGAACUUCCACAGCGUCCUGAGCGUCCUCAGCUACAUGCUCAAGGCUCCCAUGACCCCCCCGGGCACCCCCGUCGUCAACUCGCUUGCCAAGCAACGCGCCGCGCUGACCAACAUCUUCCGCGCCUGCGUCGGCCUCGAGCCCGAGUCGGACAUGACGCUCGAGCACAAGCUUUUCUAG